UAAUUAUAUAUAUAUAUAUAUAUAUAUAUAUAUAUAUGAUCGAUUUCCCCCGUACCAGUGGUCACGUGUUCACUUCACCCAAUCAAAUGGCACUUUGCUUUCAACUUAUUAGCUGACUGGGGCUUGGUAAGGGGAAAGUUGCCUCUCCAUUUUCACAGAUUGUUAUUUUGUGAGUGUGUUACUGUAUGUGUGUGUUAGUUUUUUUUAUGUGUGUGUAUGCAUAAGAGAGCGCUCCUGCCAUGUCGACAUCCGGAGCUUUAACAGGAUACUACGUUGACUCUCUUGUUAUACCGGGCAGCGAGGAGACUCGCUUCUCCUCGGGUUCAGGGCUUAUUCAGCACAGGCCAACCGUUCUACCUACAGACCAUUCAGAGCUCGGUCCCUGCACAUUCCCGACAAAGCAAUCCGUUUAUGGUAGCUCAGGUUGGGGGCACAUCCCAACGCACUUCUCCACUGGUGUACCGUCAGUAUAUCAGCCGCAUGCGCAACAUCCAGUAGUUGGGGAUUAUGUGCAGUCUUGGCUCUUGGAUGCUGCAUGUGGGCUACCUCUCACUGAGCUAUCGACGGUUCAUCACAAUCAUAUCAAAUCCGAUACAAAUGAAACGAAUGAUGACGGCACAGAGCACAGUUCGCACACUAUACUACAGCCUGGAGUCUUCACAAACGGAGGAUGUUCUACCAAAACAGAAGCAGAAUCUGGCCGAACUGCUGACAAGAGUGGCGACAUCGAGGAGAAACCGGGCGCUGAUCCAGAAAACCCUGUGUCCAACUGGCUUCAUGCGAGCUCGACGCGUAAAAAACGCUGUCCUUAUACUAAGCACCAGAUCCUCGAGCUGGAGAAAGAGUUUUUAUUUAACACUUACCUCACGCGCGACCGGCGAUACGAAGUCGCCCGUCUACUGAACCUCACGGAGAGACAGGUCAAAAUUUGGUUCCAAAACCGCAGGAUGAAGAUGAAAAAAUUAAACAAAGAUGGAACGAAGGAAGACUAAGACUAAAACACUUAAUGUAGGUCAGGAUGAGGGACGAUCCAUCUUGUUCUUGAAUUUGUUUUGUUGUGACAUUUUACAUUAGAUCUUGUGUCAUUGUUUUUUAAGUAGCCUAAAUUAUGAAUGUCUUAAAGCAUGCUGGGAUCAAGUUGUUUUAUAACGUAAAUUUGACUGUUUGUCGUGAGUGGUUUCACUUUGAGGCACAACUUCCAUUGUUUUCUUCGCAGGUUUGAAUAUUAAAAAAUCUGUAUUAAUUUAGGUUAGAUUUUUAUAGAAUGAAUGCACGUUAAAUCCAACUGUGCUAUCCCCUUCGGCAUUCGUUUAUAUACAUCGUAGCAUAUUUCGGAUGCUAAUUAACAAUUUUAGUAUUUUAUGUAGCUUUAGACCCAGGAUAUUAAGUUUAUACAUGUCUGCAUAGAUUCAAAAAAUGUGCCCCAAGAACGGGAUUUUGUUUGUUACUAAUGACAUUACCACUACCUAUAGUCGCCUCACUGCCUUUUUUAAUCGACCAAAUGUUUCACGCCAUAUCAACGGAUAUGAUAUUGGGUGAAGUCUACGAACUUCAGGGAACAAGUGAAACAUGAACAGUAGAUACAAAAGCACUAUAGGCAACUAUACAAAUACCUCAUGGUCUGUUGACCGUCAUUACGUUUUUUUUUUAGUUCAUUUGUGUUGAUUUGAUUACAUUUCUCAAAUGUAUUCUGUGAUUUUAUUUAUUGAAUAAUAAAAGCAUUUCAUAUCUCCAAA